AUGGAUGACGACGAUGCCGUUGAAGCAUCAGCUCCACUUCCUCGCAAGGGAGGCCCGAAAGCAGGAAAUGCGGGCGCUGGCAACCCGACCACAUACACCAUGGAUGACGACGAUGCCGUUGAAGCAUCAGCUCCACUUUCUCGCAAGGGAGGCGUCCCGGCAGGAAAGGGACCUUGUUUUUUGGCAGAUUUUGAGUUGAUGACACUUGUAGCUGAAGGAAGCCAUUGA